AUGACUAAGCAAAAGAUCCAUUUCGCUCAAUUUGUGUUUGGGAUAUACAUCAAUCCAGUGAUUCAAAACAUGGUCCCAGAAAUGGUUAAAUAUUGGCCCAUUAUAUUAUUACUCCGUCUGUUUAUCGAGAUAAGAGAUGCAAUUAAAUCACGAUCUUUGAUCAAUGAUUGCAUCAGUGAGAGUCCCACUGGAUGGGUCAGCUCGAUUAUUUUGGGUAGUAACGCUAAAGAUGCUGCUCGGUACAUCGAUGCUUAUCAAGUAAAGCAAAUUUCUAAACUUCUAGAGGAAAAUCAGGAUUUUACAAAGCUGAAUUAUUUGAUUGAAGCGCUUGGUUCGUAUGUUCCACUAGAAUUGGUUAAGGGAAUACCAGAAACCAUAUAUCCAUUUCCAUUUGAUUACCGGGCUGGCCAUGCUAAAAUCUUACAAUUUAUUGAAGCUAAAAAUGAGAAUUUUACUGAUCUUUUGCAACUAAAUUCUAUUCAUUGUCAAGAUAUUGAAAUUGAAUGUAUAAACCAACCCGAAAUAGUGCUUUUACUACAAGUCGAACCAAUCGGCUAUGCUUUGAUUUUAUGGAAAAUCCACCUCAAGUCCGAUCAACCCAAGGAUACGGUUACAUUAAUCAACUUGAAUAAUUUGAAAAAUUUCACUUCCGCUUCAAAUACUGUGCAAAUCAGCUUCAAAAAAUCCAACGAUUUUGCUAUUUUAACUGGUCUUUAUAAGCAACAUCAUACAACAUGUAUGGAGUUAAAGUUUACCAGGCUUGAUUACACUCAGAGAUGUCUUACAGUGUUGCAAAAGAUAAAAUCCUCACAACCCCAAGCAAAUUAUACCUUGUUAAGCUCAGACCCAUAUACAGAAGAUGAAAACUCACCUCCAACCAAAAAGAUGAAAUCAGUCAAGCAGGUGCCAUGCUCCGAUGACACUCCGAUAAACACAUCUACUCCGAUGGUCCAGGGUAUGCCAUACUCAGAAAUGUCUGCAGUCUCCACUGACAUCAACCUUUCUGAUCGACGUGAGGCAAGUCUCCAAUAUGUGCAGCCUGCUAAAACAUCCUGUGCACCUUCCAAAUCCACCGAUGAAAAUACAAUUAAAAUUACACCUCAGAAUACACCAAAGAAAGGCAAUAUGCAAAGGAGGCCCCGCUUGAGCAUUUCAAACCCUCUGAACAAUGCUGCCCCUCCUGAACUACUGCCUUCAAGAGACACACAAGAAUUUGCUAUGAAUCAAUUACAAAAGAAUAAAAAAUACAGUAAGCACAGCAUGAGGAGGUUCCAACAAACUGGGAAAGAUGUUUGGGAAAUUCCAUUGACACCAACACAAAGGAGAAGUAAAGAUAAUGUUAAAAAUAUAUCAAAAAAUGAAAUUAAUAAUGGAACCGAUGAAAAAAUAAAAGUACCAAAAAUAGGAUUCGCACCCAACAAUUUACAAGAAGUUGAUACCUCAAAGAAUGAACAAACUGAUACUUGUGAAGCAAACAAGAUUAUGGAUAUUGUAAGUCCGUCAGCAACAAUUGACACAUCUUUGAGACAUCAACAAGAAUCAUUUGUUGACUCAAGAUCAGAGUUUUCUUUGUUCUAUGAAUCUUAUUCAAUGGGAAAGGGGCAAAUGCUGAAUAGACAACAGAAUCGGCCACAAAAUGGGAUAAUUAUUGAACAAGAUAUUUGGGGGUCACUUGAUUCAGUUUAUGAAACACUACAGGUUUUCAGCCAGAGCAUAAUCCGAGAUAUCAAGAAAAGGGAGUUCAUGUUAAAAGAAGUUUAUGAAGAGUUUGCCAAUGAGACUUCACAACUUGAACAAGAAUUUGAGAACCAAAAGAAUUUGAUUAUAAAUGAAUCGAAAAAAAUAUUUGCAGAAAUUAAACUUAAAUCUGAUGAUAUUUCAAAUCGGUUAAAGGCUAAAAUUGAUAAAAUCAACAGCCAAUUUGUAUUAUGA